AUGGAAACUGGGAGUACUUCACCUAGCAUUUACUGCGACUUUGUCCCUGUAGCAAGUAAAAGGCGAAGAAGGGAGCUUGAGCAUCCUAGGCUUGGGGCUUGGGCCAGUUUAUUAGAAGGGAGAGAUGCUCUUAUUAAAGACUCUCGUUGUCAAAUCUUUAAUGGUGCUAAUACGAACAUCUGGAAGGACUCUUGGCUACAUCCUCCUCAUGAGGGGAUCAUUAAUGUAUCUCAGUUGAUCUCUCCUUCUGCCCCCCAACAGGUUUGUGAAAUUAUGGACAAAGUUAAUCACUCAUGGAGAGUGGACCUCAUUGAUUCUUAUGUCUCGCGAGAGACUAUUGACAUUAUUCGUUGCUGUCCUAUUGGUAAUUCUGACGGCUGUGAUAGAAGGGUUUGGCCCUGGACCUCAAAUGGAGAUUAUACUGUCAAAUCUGGAUAUCGGAGAAUCCAUGCUCAGAAACGAAUCAGGGAGGGUGAAGGGGGCUCGACUUCUCAUGUAGUUCAAAAGGAGGUGUGGCAGAGUAUUUGGAAGAUUGUUACGUUACCCAAAAUUCGUGUGUUCUUAUGGAGACUCUUAAAUGAUGCCAUAUCUACUCGAUGGAAUUUGUUCAAGAGGAAAAUUGUGAACUCACCAUUGUGCCCCAUUUGUGGUCAGUUAGAGGAAACAGUGGAACACUUGCUUUUUCUCUGCCCAUGGACACAAGCGGUUUGGUUUGGGGCUCCCCUCAGUUACAGAGUGAACUUGCAGGGCUUUUCUACGUUUGAUAAAUGGUUGUUGGAAGUCCUAAGCCUGAAGGACAUGGGAAAGAAGGAGAUAAUGAACUUAUUCUCAAUGAUCAGCUUUACUUGCUGGGAAAUUUGGAAGUCCAGAUGUAAUUUCAUCUUCAAAGGCUACUUAAUCGAUCCUAUUGUUACAAUUGAUAGAACCAUGCGAGCUUUCAGAGAAUUCAUGGGAGUAAAGACUAGACCUGAAGUCUCAAUUUGGGUUGCCCCUCCAGACCCCUUGAGACAAACGUCAAGAUGGAUGCCCCCAGAGGUGAACUUCCUAAAAAUCAAUUUUGAUGGGGCUUGGCAAUUGAACUUCUUUAAAGCAGGUUUAGGGGUGAUUGUUGGAAAUGAGGAAGGCUUGUUUUGUUGGGGGCUGGCAACAUCUUUCCGUUGUAGUGCAGCCUUGGUCGCUGAGGCAGCUGCAGGUCUAUGUGCUGUCAAAUUAUCUAGCUUCUUUAGCGACGUUAGAUGGAAUUGGGUGCCUAGGCAUUUGAAUUGCGCCGCUCAUAAGGCAGCUGCGAUUGGAGCUAGAGCGGUGCAACUGGAUUGUUGGGCUGUAAGGCCACCACCGUCUCUUGUGGGUGUUUUGGUUUCCGACGGCCUUCCCUGUCCUCCCGUGGAGGUCUCUGCUCAGUAA